GUGGGCUGGGGGCUGCGGCGCCCUCGCGGCGGCCUCUGGAGCAGUCUCCCCGGACCUGGCCGGGCCGCGGCAGGCCGGCGGGGUGAGGGGAGGCAGUGGAGCAGGGAGCAGAAGCUCUAGUGGUAGUGGUCGCAGCGCGGCGGCGGAGGCGGCGGUAGCGGCUCCUCUGGAGGCCGGGGAUGUGGGAGAGGCGGUGGCAGCAGCGGCGGAGGCGGCGCUGCGGACCCGGGGGAAACUGCUGGCUGACAGGACACCCGGGAGAGACGUGAGGGAGCCGCCGCUGCCGCCUCUUAACCCUCGAGCGGAGCUGGGCUCGAGAGGGCGACCCUUUGCUCCCCCGGCUGACGAGCCAGCCGGCGCGGGGCGGGGGCGGGAAGCCGGGCUCGGGCCCAGCGGGGCUCCGGGCGGCGGCGGCCGCGGAGCAGCAGCCUCGGCGCGACGUGGAGGGUUGGAGGCGGCGGCAAUGCACUAGGCCUCGCUCUGGGGCGGCUGCCCGGGACCCGCAGCUGAGUGGCGAUUUUAUGCAAUGGCUUCAAGCCACAGUUCUUCACCAGUGCCUCAAGGAAGCAGCAGUGAUGUUUUCUUUAAAAAAGAGGUAGAUCCGACAAAACACAUUCGACCUGUGCAGUCACUGCCAGAUGUGUGUCCCAAGGAACCCACAGGUGAUUCAAAUAGUUUAUGUGUUGCCCCAUCUCUAGUUACAGAUCAACAUAGAUGGACUGUAUAUCAUUCCAAAGUAAAUCUCCCAGCAGCAUUAAAUGAUCCUAGAUUAGCAAAAAGAGAGUCUGACUUCUUCACAAAAACAUGGGGAUUGGACUUUGUGGACAUUGAAGUCAUACCUUCAUUCUACCUCCCACAGAUCAGCAAGGAACAUUUUACAGUAUAUCAACAGGAAAUCUCUCAGAGAGAGAAGAUUCAUGAGAGAUACAAGAGUAUUUGCCCUCCUAAAGACACCUUUGACAGGACUCUCUUACAUACUCAUGAUAAAUCCAGGACAGAUCUGGAGCAAGUACCUAAGAUUUUUAUGAAACCAGAUUUUGCCUUGGAUGAUUCCUUAACUUUUAAUUCAGUUUUACCAUGGUCUCAUUUUAAUACUGCUGGUGGAAAAGGAAAUCGUGAUGCAGCUUCCUCAAAGUUGCUACAAGAAAAGCUGAGCCAUUAUCUGGAUAUUGUGGAAGUAAACAUUGCUCACCAGAUCUCUCUACGUUCAGAAGCAUUUUUUCAUGCAAUGACCUCUCAACAUGAAUUGCAGGACUACCUCAAGAAAACUUCCCAGGCUGUAAAAAUGCUUCGAGAUAAAAUUGCACAGAUUGAUAAAGUAAUGUGUGAAGGAUCACUACACAUUUUAAGACUGGCACUUACCAGAAAUAAUUGUGUUAAAGUAUACAAUAAACUGAAGUUAAUGGCCACUGUACACCAGACUCAGCCUACAGUACAGGUAUUGUUAUCUACUUCUGAAUUUGUUGGAGCAUUGGACUUAAUAGCAACAACGCAAGAGGUUCUACAGCAAGAACUUCAGGGCAUUCACAGCUUCCGGCAUUUGGGAUCACAGCUUUGUGAAUUAGAAAAACUGAUAGAUAAAAUGAUGAUUGCAGAAUUUUCUACUUACUCUCACAGUGACUUAAAUAGACCAUUGGAAGAUGACUGUCAAAUUUUAGAAGAGGAAAGACUGGUAUCUCUUGUAUUUGGACUUUUAAAACAAAGAAAACUUAAUUUUUUAGAAAUAUAUAGUGAAGAAAUGAUUAUUACAGCAAAGAAUAUCAUUAAACAGUGUGUGAUUAAUAAAGUUUCACAAAUAGAAGAAAUAGACACAGAUGUUGUUGUGAAGCUUGCAGAUCAGAUGAGGAUGUUGAAUUUUCCUCAGUGGUUUGAUCUGCUAAAGGAUAUUUUCUCCAAGUUUACAAUUUUCCUACAGAGAGUUAAGGCAACAUUAAAUAUCAUUCACAGUGUUGUUCUCUCAGUUCUUGACAAAAACCAAAGGACUAGAGAAUUGGAGGAGAUUUCACAACAGAAGAAUGCUGCAAAAGACAAUUCACUGGAUACAGAGGUGGCUUAUUUAAUCCAUGAGGGCAUGUUUAUAAGUGAUGCAUUCAGUGAGAGUGAAUUAACACCUAUAGCAAUUGACACUACCUCUCAAAGAAAUGCAUCUCCAAAUAGUGAGCCCUGCAGCAGUGAUUCAGUAUCUGAACCAGAAUGUACUACUGAUUCUUCAUCCAGCAAAGAGCAGACAUCAUCAUCUGCUACUCCAGGAGGUGUGGAUAUUAUGGUCAAUGAAGACAUGAAAUUAACUGACUUAGAGCUAGGAAAGCUGGCAAAUAAUAUCCAGGAGUUAUUAUAUAGUGCCUCAGAUAUAUGCCAUGAUCGAGCUGUCAAAUUUCUCAUGUCAAGAGCAAAGGAUGGUUUUCUUGAGAAGCUAAAUUCUACAGAAUUUAUAACACUUUCCAGAUUAAUGGAAACAUUCAUUUUAGACACUGAACAGAUCUGUGGAAGAAAAAGCAUGUCAUUACUUGGAACACUUCAGAGCCAAGCUCAUAAAUUUGUAAACAGGUUUCAUGAAGAGAGAAAAACCAAGCUCAGCCUCCUCUUAGACAAUGAGCGUUGGAAGCAAGCUGAUGUUCCUGCAGAAUUUCAAGAUCUUGUUGAUUCUAUAGCAGAUGGAAAGAUUGCUUUACCUGAAAAAAAAUCUGGGGCUACAGAAGAAAGGAAACCAGCUGAAGUUCUCAUUGUUGAGGGACAACAGUAUGCUGUUGUUGGAACUGUAUUGCUGUUGAUAAGAAUUAUCCUUGAAUAUUGCCAGUGUGUGGAUAAUAUCCCAUCUGUUACUACUGAUAUGCUCACUCGUCUGUCAGAUUUACUGAAGUACUUCAAUUCAAGAAGUUGCCAGUUAGUUCUUGGAGCUGGUGCACUGCAAGUUGUUGGACUAAAAACAAUAACUACAAAAAAUUUGGCUCUUUCUUCACGCUGUUUGCAGUUAAUUGUGCACUACAUUCCUGUUAUCCGGGCUCAUUUUGAAGCAAGACUGCAGCCUAAGCAAUAUAGCAUGCUUAGGCAUUUUGAUCAUAUCACUAAGGACUACCAUGACCACAUAGCUGAAAUAUCAGCUAAGCUUGUAGCGAUAAUGGAUAGCUUAUUUGACAAGCUGUUAUCUAAGUAUGAGGUGAAAGCUCCUGUUCCUUCUGCCUGUUUCAGGAAUAUUUGUAAGCAAAUGACAAAAAUGCAUGAAGCUAUAUUUGAUCUCCUUCCAGAAGAACAAACACAAAUGUUAUUUUUAAGAAUUAAUGCAAGUUACAAACUCCACUUGAAAAAGCAGUUGUCUCAUUUAAAUGUGAUAAAUGAUGGAGGACCUCAAAAUGGGUUGGUCACAGCAGAUGUAGCUUUUUACACUGGAAAUCUUCAAGCCUUAAAAGGCCUUAAAGAUUUGGACCUAAACAUGGCCGAGAUCUGGGAACAGAAAAGGUGAUGACAUACUGGAAAACUGGGUAGUUCAUCUGACCACAGGAUGUAUGUUUAUGAUGAAAUAUGGAUGCCUGUGACGCAAGAACUGAACCUGGAACCCAAAGCGAACUGGGGUUGGGGAAGGGGAAAAGGAAAGUAUCAGUGUUGGGAAACUGGGAUUCAGUGGGAUCUACAAGGAAUGCCAUUUGUGUGCUUCCUUCAAAGAGGAGUAACUGAUCAGGUAUCUAUAACAUUUUUCAUUCUCUAUGGAAACAGACUCAGGUUUCUUUGGACCAAAUCCAAAAGAACACAUAGCUGUAACACAGCUGUAGUUGACUAGAAUGCUCUGUAUACUUUAUAUUAAAAAAUGCUUUGCAUUUCUUCCAGUGCAAUGAAAUUCAUAUGGUGUCCCACCUUAUUUAAUGAUGGUACAAUUUAAAAUAUUAAAAUCUUAGUCAACUUCUGUAGAAAGUUUUCUCUAUGAAAGUAAAGCUGUUUGAAAAUUAUUUUUUUACAGAUCUUUCUAUAAAAAAUAAACAUCUUUUGAUUGCUUGGAUUUAGGAAUUCAUCAAUUUUUGUUUCAGUAACCAAUGUCAAGUUUUAGGCUUUGUGUGACCCAUAUUUAAUCUUUCUACCACCGCUGUAUGUCAACUGCGUAAAGCCUUCCAGAAUAGUCUAAAUACUUGAAAGGCUGAUCACAGUAGUAAUUAAAGAGUAAGAUUUUUGGUGUUUAUUUAUACUAAUUUAAAUAUGUUUCAGAUAUGGUAUAUGAGAGCCUGCAGUUUUAACAGCUGUAUUUUUAUAAAAGUAUCUAUAAAGGGUUGGGUGUUUGGGUUUUUUUUUUUUUUUUUUCCUUUUUAUUUCUAACAGAGGUAAGAAUACAUUUUCAUAUAUUCUGCCUACUUAUGAGUUCUUAUUUUAACACUGAGAUAACACUGAAGUAUGGCCCCCUUGGGUUCUUGUUGGUAAGUUACUUUCAAUGUGUGUAUGAACAAAGACCAGGAAGGAACAGAACUUUUACAAUAUAGGCUGCUGUGUUGGGGCCAGAAAUAUAAGGUGAUGAGUAAGUUAUUUAAAGACUUUUAUAAUACCUACCUUCAAAAUUAGAAUCAGCAGCACUCUACAAAUGAAAGUGCCUGUGCAUCACUUCACACCAGGAAUCUUGCCUAACCUGUCAGAGUGCCUAACCUUGUGGUGAUUAUGUACAAUGAAACAGUCUUAGUUUGUGCUUUUUGGUUUCCUGAAAGGAAAGCCUGUUUUCUUUCCUUCAUCAUUACAGAGGUAUGUCAUUGGUUCUUAAACUGUCUAAAAUAAAGCUGUAAAAAAUUAUCAGACUUUAAAAGACAACUUUUUUUUAAUAGAAUAUAGUAAACUUUAAACAAGCAGCUUACUCAAAAACAAGUAUGGAAGCAUUGGAAAAUGUAACCCAUUCUUAGAGAAAAGUCACAAUUCAAGUCAUUGGUUGAAGGUUAUUCAUGAACAUUUCUCAGUGACAACAAGCAAGCUUCAAGAAAUGAAGCUUCAAGGAAAGGUAACUUUUUAUAAAGCUGUACCCCCCACCCCCCACUAUACUAGAGAACAAAGAUGUGAAAGAAAUGCCCUACCUCCACCCACCCCAUCUCCCCCUUCCGCUGGGAAAAGAAACACCUUUAUUUCGAUAAAUGGAAAUAAAGUCUUGUGGAAAGCAUGUCAGGCAUCCCCGCUUUAGAACUAGAUGAAAGGUAUUGAAUGCCUUCAAGUUUAAUUCUUGGAAAUAAUGAUGUAGUUAAUUUAAGGUAAAUGCAAAAACUGGAUUUGUUAGGUAUCUGGCCAGUGAGCACUUAAGUAUUCCAAGAGCAAAUCUUCCGACCGUUAAGCGUAACUGUUUAGCAAGAGUAUAUAAACCAUUUUUCUUCACCAUUUCAUAAAGUUAACAUUGAAAAGUAUAAGUGUACACAUGUAUUGCUUCACAGCUUUAUUUCUGAAAUCACAAGCAGUUCAAAGUGAUCAUUAUUGAGGCCUCCGUUAAAAGAUUUUCCAGCAGAGCUGCCCCAGUUUUAAGAUUAAACAAUAUUGCACUUUAAGAUGAAUUAACUUUCAGGAUCCUCUUUGAAAAAGAAAAGUAUUGCUUCCACCUAUGCUUUUCUUAGACUAAAAGCAUACUGCAGAAAACUCUACUUUAGAAAUUAACACUGCAGGGUAUGGUAACAGAGUAAAGCACCUGCCUAUUUUAGAAUCCUAGAGAACAUGUAAUUGUAAGAAACCAUUCAGCCCAUAAUUAGUAUAAAGUGUACAUGGUAUUUUCCAUUUCAGUGGUCCAAGAUACGAAGGUUCCCGGAUACAAUCUUGUUUUCUAAUACUGCUCCAGGUGGGAUGUCAAUUCGGUCACCAUGAUUUGCAAUGAUGAUAACUGUUCCCUAAGGGACAGGAAAACAAAAAGCAAAAGUGUACUCGCAACUGUAGCUGAAAUGCAAUUGAUUUUCUUACAAUUAUCACAUUCACGUAGAAACUCCAGUUAAAAUAUUUAUAAACAAUAUUAAACAUGAAAAGCAACACAUUAAGGAAAAUUGUAAUGUGUCCUUCUGUCACCAUGCUGGUAGUAGUUCUGGUACUGUCUCUGAUAAGGAGGCAAGGAAUCUAGGAGAGGGAAGUGGACCCAGUGCCACAGCAUGACUGGCUCUUUCAGAGAACUACUUGCGAGGCCACCAGAAUUCUCUACCUUCAUAAACUAAAAGGUGCUUGGUUUAUAUUUACAUAUGGGUUUGGGUUUUUUUUUAAAGAACAGUUUAAUGAUAUAUUUUUCAUGUCUUCAGUGAAACUGUUUAGAUCAGUAUCAGCAAUAAAGUUGUGUGUGUAUAUAUAUGUGUGUAUAUAUAUAUAUAUCUUUUUGGGGUUUUUAAAAAAUCUUCAAUUAAAUAGCUUUAAUAGGAAGAGCACAUGAAAUCUAGAUAUGGAAUUUUAAGAUAUACUUGAUUAGGAAAAAACUACUGUAUCUUUGGUUCUGAGCUUUAAUACUCAUAACCCAUAGUUUUCCUAUUUCCUAUACUAGGCUGGAAAGAUACUCACAGUACCCAAGCACUACAGACUGUGAAUGAACAUCUUCAUACUCAUGGCAACAAAGUACUUUAACAGGAUUAGAAUAUAAUCAGUAUAAGUUGUCAUUUUUUUCUACUUUCAUUCAUAGUCAUCUUUAGUGAACUAAUGGCUAAUUUAACAGUGAUUCUUUUAAAGAUUGUCAUAUUUCAAUAAAAUAAUACCAGUUCAAUUUUUAGUGUUUGCUUUCCAUUUGAUUGCUAUAUUCCACAAAAAAACCCCUAUAUACAACAAUUAUGACUGUAUUUUAACUAUUGCUUAUCUAUGGAAGACAGUAUCAAUACUAAAUAUUGUGAUAAGCUAUUUAAGUUUUAAAUGUAUUUCUUAUAAACACCUGGCACAGACUAAGAAGUAUUCCUUAAAGUAAAGGUAAAUUUAGGACUAGAAAAUGAAACCUGUCUUGUAAAGCUAUAAGAACUGUAAUUUUCAUCAUAACACACCUUUAAUGAAACAUUCUUGCCAAAUGUCACAUCUCCUGAAACUGUGAGGUGAUCCAAUUCAAGCAUAUCUGGUAUACUUUCAAAUCUCCUUAGGUAAUCCUGAACCUGAAGAAAAAUAGAAACAUAAAAAUUGUUUCAAAAAUGGAUUAACAGAAAAGCAGGGAUUAAGUUAACAAGAUAGUUUACUUGAACUAUGGUCAAGCUCAGGGCUUCUAUGGGAACAACUCUAUUUAGUAAGCACUCACUGUAUGUACAGUGAGAGCUGUUUGUAACAGCCUAUGCAUAGAGACCAAUCAAGUAAUUUACACUACAGCUGAGUAGAUCAGGCAUUUUAAAAAACAGUAAUAAAUAAAAAGCUAACCAGCCAACAUGCUAAGAGCUAGAAAAGUAGUUCACAAUAUCUGGAGUUGGUUGGAAAAAAAGGGAGAGAUCAUCACGGUUUAAAGUUAGACUGGUGCUGGGCUUUAUGGGAUGGGCAGGACUGAGAAGAAAUGGAAUAUAGCUUAGGAAGAGCAAUAGCACAAAUUAUCAUUAUAAAUGAUCACUGUCAAGAAACAGCAACAACAACAACAA